UUACCUGGAAAGUGUCCAGUGAGCAGUCACCAGUCGGUCGGUUUCUCGAGGAUCGCGACGACGUCGCGAUCGAUUCCGCGUGUACGUCGUGCAAGACGAAGACCCGGGACCUCAGCUAUGCGAGCUUUCGCGGAUCUCGGGGACACGAGACGCGCGUAAAAACGGACGUGUGUUUCGACGAGAGAUCGCGCUUUCCGACGCCGGAUCCGAGCAUCGAGCCAGGACGAUCGGGCCAAGUGCGGUUUAUCAAUGAGCGGACAAUAGAUACACAUUCGGACAGAGUCGGGAGUCGACGCGGGAGAUCGGCAGCGUGAGGCCAGGCCCUGGAACGUCGUGUCAGGCGGCAGAGACGGAGGCGGCGGGUGUAGAGGCGGAGGCGGAGGCGGGGAAGCUGUUCAUCGAACGGAACAGCCGCGCGCGCGGUGCGAUACGGACGGCCGAGCUGUUGUACGGUUCGUGAAACGGCCACGGGCAUAUCUCGAAGAGGGAGGAGGAGGAAGCGGCUGGCGACGGCGAUCCCUUUAGAUAGUUGCCGGUACUUGUACGAGGCACGAAAAUGGCAGACACGAGUCAACAAGCAUUGAGCGAACCACACACAAAUGGUGUGGUGGACGGUUUGACGGAAGAUGAAAAAAGCAAGAUGAGACCCGCUGAUAUCGAUGCGGAUAUGAGAGAAAUGGAGAGGAGAAAGAGGGUCGAGAUGAUGAUGAACUCGCGAAUUUUCCGAGAAGAGCUAGAACGUAUAAUCGAGACGCAGAUGAAGGACGGUGCUGGACCUUCCGGUCUUUUGCAGCAGAUCUCUGACAUGAUGGGUGCACAAGGAGCCCGAUUCAACGGCAAUGUGUUCAAAAAUUCAAAUUGCGUCUUACCUAUCAACGAUAUUCGCGGCGUGGAGAGCAUGGGAUACGCCAAAGGCGAAAAGUUGCUACGUUGCAAAUUGGCAGCGGUGUUUAGAUUGCUCGAUCUGUAUGGAUGGACACAAGGCGUCGGCGGACAAAUCACCGCUCGUCUUAAUCAGGAUCAGGAACACUUUUUAGUAAAUCCUUACGGGCUACUUUAUCAUGAGGUCACCGCCUCGAGUCUGAUUAAGGUGGACAUGCAAGGCACGAUUGUCGAGCAAGGGACGACGAACUUUGGCGUGCACGUUACAAGUUUCCAAUUGCACUCGACAAUACACGCCGCGAGACCUGAUAUCAAGUGUAUUAUUCAUAUUACUACUCCGUCCGUUACCGCUAUCUCCUCCUUGAAAUGUGGAUUGCUACCGAUCGGUCAAGAGAGCAUAGUGAUAGGCGAAGUGAGUACCCAUCAAUAUAUAGGAGGUUCCGUUGAACCGGAGGAACGGGAGAAGAUUGCUAGAAACCUCGGACCGAUCAAUAAGGUUAUGCUUUUGACGAAUCGUGGUGCCCUUUGUUGUGGAGAAACUGUGGAAGAAGCAUUCUUCAACGUUUACAAUACCGUAGUCGCUUGCGAGACUCAACUGAAGCUAAUGCCCGCUGGUGUAGAUAAUCUAAAUCUUAUCAGCGAGGAAUCGAAGAAAGCUAUAUUUGAAGCUUCGCGAAAACCACCGAUCCCUCAGCCGAGUUCAGUAGUAGAGUCAUCUGCUCUUGCGGAAAAACUCGAGAAACGUUGGAGAAUCGGCGGCGCCGAAUUUGAAGCUCUUAUGAGAAUGCUCGAUAAUGCUGGAUUCCGUACGGGUUACAUAUAUAGAAAUCCACUCGUAAAAGGAGAACCUCCAAAACCACGAAAUGAUGUUGAAGUUCCACCGGCUGUAUCGUCCUUGGGGUAUCUACUUGAAGAGGAAGAAUUGUACAAGCAAGGAUUGUGGAAAGGUGGACGUAAAGGUACGGACCGAUCCCGUUGGUUAAAUUCGCCAAACGUUUACCAGAAAGUCGAGAUCCUGGAAACUGGAACACCCGAUCCUAAAAAGAUCACCAAGUGGGUGUCUGAUGGAUCUCCUACCCAUAGCAGCACACCAGUGAAGAUAGACGGUGCUCUUCAGUUUGUACCGAAAAAUACCAAUCCAAAGGAAUUCAAACAAAUACAACAGCAGAUUAAAGAUUAUCGACGAGCAGAGAAGAUAUCGGCUGGUCCGCAAUCCCACAUACUGGAAGGUGUUUCAUGGGAGGAAGCUAAAAAAAUGCAGGAUGCAACAAUUAGUGGUACUGCAGAACAAGUAGUUUUAGUAGGAGCCGCUAGUAAAGGUAUUAUACAACGUGGUUUUCAACACAAUGCGAUGGUCUACAAGACACCCUAUGCCAAAAAUCCCUUCGACGCGGUCACGGAUCAAGAAUUGGAUCAAUACAAGAGAGAGAUCGAACGCAAACAGAAAGGAGAUCCUUACGAUGAGUCACAAUCAGAAUCCGAGGCCUUGUCGUCCUUUAACAUCAGUCGUGCGACGCAUGAAUCCAGCACUGCCAAGAGUCCUAUUCAAUCACCGGUUUCUGUUACUUCGGAAACGGAGGAGGAGAGUAGAGACGAACCCCGAGUAUUGCGAAUAGAAACGAAACAAGUGCCUGUGCCGAGUCAACCCGAAGUCGUAUUAAGUGAUGUGAAUGAUGCUACUACAGAGUUCCUUAAUGAGAUGCGCUACAGAGCGAUGGAGCAACAAAGUAGUUACAGAAGAGAUUGCGAACUAGGCAGCAAUUGCAGCAGCAUGAGCAACGAGCGUGCGCAAGUGUACUAUGGUCGACGAUUUUCCGAAUCUUUUUACGACAGCCUUCGUCUGGAGAAUGUUAGAACUUCGAUAAUUGCCGAACGAAAGAAACCUCUUCUUGUUACACAUUCAAAGACGUCCAUUAGCAGGCAAAGUAUGAUGCAAUCGAACGCGAUCGUCGGGGACGAGAGUCUCGUAAGAUCGCGCUACGAAGCGAGACGAAAAUUUUUCGAGGAUCUCGGACGUCAAAAGAAUUUAACAACGGAAUCGAAGACAGCAACGAGCGCGAAUAAAGAGGAGAACGUAUCUAAGCAAUAUUCCAUGAUGGAUUCCACGAGUAAAAAUUUGCAUACUUAUCCUGUAAAAGUAUGCGAUGCAUAUUUAACACAAAAUGUAGAUACGAGAGAAUGCUUGAAAGUGAAUGGCGAGACGCUUUCGGACAUUAUGGUGCAUACGAAAUGGGAAAAUAUUGCGCAACCAAAUUUCGUUACAGUAGUUAACGUGAAGGAGACAGAACCGAGCUUUUGCGACAGCGCGUUUUGUACGAAUGACGAUUGUCAACUCGAGGAAACGAUAAUACAUGAGAAUCAUGUAACGACGAUUGAUGAAAAGGAUGCUUCUGUAAGAAGGGAAUCUUUGAAAAUUCAAGAAAGAGGCAACGAUUAUUUAAAUUCGAUUCAGGCAAUGAAUGAGGAACAGCAGCAACGUAUAUCAAAAACAAUAAUAAAAACGAUGAAGGAGAACCGUAAGAUGUUUCUACGUGAUAACGACGACAACGAAGAAAACUCGCAACAGCUGAGCGAUUUAUCUUCCAACAAUUGCAAGAAACAUUCCACCAAUCAUGAAUGCGAUGAGGAUAAAGAAGCACCGAUGAAUAAAGGAGUAAACGGUUGCGCGAUCGAGUUAAAGAAACAAAGCAUUUGUACAUGGAUCGAAAAAUCCAUGUGCGAAAAUAAUUGGCCGAAUAACAAAAUGGAAAACGACGAUAUAUAUGAAUGUUAUUGCGAUGACAUUACAAAAAUCGUCGAGAGCAUUGAUUUAAAUAUCUCUUCAUCAAGAACAGAGCUAGACGCGUUGCCCAACACGGACACUUGCGUCAAGUACAAUCUAGACUCGACGAAUAUGAGUCUCAUUUACAGUCUAACUCCACCAGCGGUCCAAGAGGAGAGUGGCAACGACGAUACCUCACACGACUUGGCGGAACAAUCGUCAGAGUGGCAAUCUGAUAUAACGAGAAGCGACAAUGAUGCGUUAGACGAUUACGUAUGGAUAGAACCAACGAUGAUUAAGGCAGAGUGUGUAAAAUCUAUUCAAUGUCCGCAAGAUCAUAGACCAGUGUCGAGCAAUGCUAGUAGUUUCGACUCAAUGUCCGAGAGACAUUCGGCGAGUGGGUCCGACAUACUCGAGUUACCGAGUCGCACGAUUCGCGAAUUAAAGGAUAUCGACGGCGAAGUUUUUCAUAAUGGGAUCAACGAGUCCGCUAACGAGAUCAUCGCCGAUCUUAACGCAGCUCCUGAUGAAGAAGCGCCAUCGUCGAGUGACGCUCUACAAAUUGCACAGCAUAUCCUCGCCGAGAUUAUCGAGUCUGUUUACAUUCUGCUUUUCCUCGAUUCUUCUAUUUACGACCUCAACAUCGCAAAAGAAGUCGUACGUCAAUUUAUCUACAGCUGUUGUUACGAAUAUUCUCUCGCAGAAUUUGCCAAUCAAACAUCCAUAUCAGAUAUCUCGAUGAUCAACACCGAUGUCGAUAAUAUUUGUCGAAGAAAAGGCUUCUUGGAAAAUUUGUCGCCGGAUUUUGCCGGCUAUAAUAAUGAAACGAUACACGAGGAUCCGGAAUCUUCUGCCGUAAUCGAGUUUUGUACCGUAGCCAAGGGGCCGCCGAUCGAGAAACCGAGUGCUCUGGCAUUAAACUUUCGCAUUAUCAAGGUCUCGCCGGACGUACAUACCGAUACAUUGCCUGAUGCUGCUCGGACAUUUGACAGAAAUUUGAUUGAUAACGAUCGCGGUACCAAAACCGAUAGGAUCUUUGAUAAAACGAGGUACAGCGAGAACAUAAUCGUGUCAAGGUCAGAGAUAGAAACGUGGAAGCCAUGCUGUUAUUGCCAAGAGAGGGAUGAAGACUCGACGAGAAAUAAAUUGAAUUGUCUAACACCCAUAAUUGAGGAAUUGGACGAGAAUCUGCAUGAUUCUACAUUUGUUUUAGAAAAUUCCAAUGAAGAAUCGUCACGUCACCUGGAAACCCAUCUUGUCGAUGCUGUCGAAGAAAACAGUAUAAUAAAUUCCGCGAAGAAAUCUAUUUCUCUAGACGAUACCUACACGAUAUCCGAAGUUAGCUCCAUCAUUAUCUCUGAUAACGAUGAGACAAGCGAUGUUCAAGAACGCUGCGAUAUCUGGGACUCGUCUAUAGAUUGCAUGUCUUAUUCAUACGACACUAAAGAAUUUAUACGCUUAGAAAAGGCUAUCGCGGAUAAUUCGCAAUUGAACACGUAGCUGACGCGUCUUCUUUUAGAAAAUCAUAUUUUAUUUUGA